AUGCCCGUGGACCUCAGUGGCACCUGGAACAUGGUCAGCAAUGCAAACUUCGAGGGCUACAUGCUGGCCCUAGGCAUUGACUUUGCCACACGGAAGAUAGCGAAGAUGGCGAAGUCACAGAAAGUGAUCAAACAAAAUGGCGACAGCUUCACCAUCCAUACACUCAGCACCUUCCGGAACUACCUUAUCCAGUUUAAAGUUGGAGAAGAAUUUGAUGAGGAUACCAAAGGCCUAGAUAACAGAAAAUGCAAGAGUUUGGUCACAUGGGACAAUGAUAGGCUCACCUGUGUUCAGAAGGGGGAAAAGAUGAACCAAGGCUGGACCCACUGGAUUGAAGAGGACGAAUUAUACCUGGAAAUGUUCUGCGAAGGCCAAGUAUGCAAACAGAGAUUCCAGAGAGCCUGA